GUCGCCGUCGGCGAUUGGCUUCCACGCUCCGGACUCAUCCACGCCGGCCUCGUAUCGCCCUCGCCGUCGACAUCGCCGCCGCCAGUCAGAGUCGAGAAUAAGCAGCAGUGAUCUGUCCCACUUGGUGGAAUGCCUUGUUACUACGAUGUUGAUGACAUCCUCAUGGAGGAGGAGCCUAUUUCGGUAGUUUUCCAAGUAACUGCAAAUGGCGUCGGUCUGCUAGAUCCUGGUGCUGAGAGAAACAGUGUUGAAAAGGGUGCGAAGGUCGACCUUCCAUUGUGGCUUGCACACGGGAUGCUGUCUCUAGAACAAGCGGUGUCAAUAAAUGUACCUCCUUGCUUCACCCAGAAAACUCGGAAGGAGAUCCAAGCUGAUGCAGCUUGUGUUGAUUUGAGGAUUCGGUGCCCUUACUUUUAUAAGCUAGGAUGCAAGAUUGUUCCUUUGGUGAGUGAUAAGAGCAUUGGCCAGUUCUUGCGCUAUGCAUUCACCAGUAGGUACAAGGAGAUACUAAGCAAGUCGCACAGCUCUUCCACAAUGACAGUGCCCAAGUUUGCCUCACGCCUUACAACAGAAGAAGCUCAAGUGUUCGAAUCUGCUAGGGAAUCGAUGGCUGCUUUCAAGAGAUGGCGUGUUGGGGGUGCAAGGCUACAGAAGGCAUCCAUUCUUGGCAGGAAGAGGAAGACAAAACUUCCUGAUGGGUCCUCUACGGCCUGAAAAGUAGCUGUGUUUACCGCUGGAAUGAAGCAUUAGAGCUACUGGUUGAUCCGGUACUGUAGUGAAAGGAAAAAAAACCGAGGCAAUUCCGUUAUGAGAUCAGACAUCAAAUAUCUUACUUAAAUUAGCUCAUAUUCCCAUGACCUGCAAGGAAAUACUACCAACUUAUUUAUUUUUUCUAUGACAGCAACCAACUUAUCUGUUUG